GAAGCCGGGGCUGUCGGCACCCGCGUGACGUGGCGGGCUGAGGCGGGUGGGGCUGCUCGGGGGACGGGCGGGAGCUGAAGGCAGCGCAGUGGAAAAUAGGAACGAGGCGGGAUUGUUUGUUGCAGUGAGGAAAAGCGGCCUUUAUCUGUGUAUAUCGUCACCGAGGCUGGUUGUACUGUAGUUAGGCGAGGCGGCGCGGGCAGAAGUUUUGAGUGUUAUUCAGCCAACGUCAGAGCCGCGCUCUGUGGUGCACUGAGGGGAAAUCGAGUCUUCUCUCUUUUGCUCCCGCUCGUUAAAAAUAAAACACAAAAUGUCUGAAGUGAAGCAGAGGAAAAAAGGUUUUCCUUCACCUGAGAGCAAUGAAGGUUCCCAGAAGCUCGAGAAGCACAGCAGCCAUGGGAAGGUUCAUGGCCCCAGGGUGAGCCACAGCCAGAGCUCUAUUGGGAUGGACUCACGGAUGGCCUUGGGUGUGAUUUCUCUGUCUGCCUGCCUGGUGAUGGCCUGGUUACUCUUUCAGCAGUCGAGUCGAUUUGCUGAUCUGGAAAAAAGGUACAAUUUCUUGCAGCAAGAAGCGGAAAGAUUCCUGGACAUGGAAAAUAAAGUCAGCUUAAUUUCUGAAAAGCUCGAGUCAGCUGACAGUAUCCUACAAGAAUCUGCCUCAUCCAUCUCUGUGAUGACCGAGUUUGAGCAGGAAGUAUCUUCUCUUCACAACACAGUAAGAGAGAUUGAGAACAAUGAAGAGACUCUGUUUACAAAGAUGCAGGGCAUUAAGGAGAAGAUCCAAAACAUUACAGAUUCCUGGAGAAGAAGCGUGGAUGAAAUGAACGCAAACACAAGUGGCAUAAAAUCUGAAGCAAAGUUCAUACAUACAGAAGUUACUUCCCAAAUCAAUAAAGUUGACCAAAGAAUUAAAUCCCUUUCAGAAAGAUUAAAAGACUUGGAAGACGGUACAGCCAGAAAUAUCAAAACAGUAAAAAGGCAAGAAGGUGAUGAAUUUGAUAGACUUGAACAGAAGUUAGACUCACAUGCAACGGCGAUUGGAAAACUAGAAGAGGAGCAGAAUAGUCUGUUAGCCAAGAACACAGACCUGAAUCAGAAACUUGCAGACUAUGAGCCUAAAAUUGAGGAGUGCAAGACCCAUUUGCCAAAAAUUGAAAGUGCUAUUCAUUCUAUCCUUAGAUUAUCAAGUGAAUUGCUAAGCAUGGAGAAGAAGGUAGAGGACUUGGCAGCACAGCUAUAUACUAUGGAAAGUAAUAUGCUGAAAGCUGCCUCUGAUACAGCAGCGAUGCACAACAUUCUUGAAGGUACACGGUACAAUGACAGCAUGUCAAAACUGCAAAAUAAAACAGCAGGUAUAGAAGGAGUAGCACGUGACAUGCAAGUAUCUUUAAGUGCUGAAGGAAUAACUUCAGAAGGCUGUAAGUUAGAAAGUGACCAAGGCGGGGAUAAGUGAAUUUGGACUCAAAGUUUACGCUGAUGGAAGAAGCACUUUAAUUGAUUAUAAGUUAUGUGACUCCAGCAUAUGAGCUGGGAGUUAAGAGGGGGACAGAGAUAUCACGUUAAAAUUUACAUUUAAUUUUCAUUGCUUUGGUUUCCGUGUUGUUACUUUUUGUUAUUACACUGUUGAGUUUGUAACACAAUGAACAAUUGAUUUCUCUAGAGAGAGCAGUUCAGGACACUUUUAAACCUCUUUUUCUCAAUGUAAGGAUAUUUCAGGUUUGCGUAUUUAUUAUUUAUGCCUAGAUUGUAUCUGUGUACAGUCAUUUUUAAUAAAAGUAUGCUGCAGUGUA